GUUUGAUUCAAAGUAUCUCACAAAAUAUACUGGACAUUAAAUCGCAUGUCUAUUGGUUACCGUCUAUUAUGAAUCAAGGACGCGGUAAGGUGUACGGUCUUAGUUUCCCAACUAGAAAGCCUAAAAAUGAAAUAAAGGUUUCGUUAAAUGACGUCUUCAACGAGGAAUCCGAUAAAGAGGAAAACUACAAAGAACUUAAACCAGCCGAUUAUUCUCAAACGACUUGCAUAGCUCAGAAUAGGAUUAAUCGAAAGGUAAAAACAGAGUUAGAAAAAGCCUUCGAGGAAGACCCAUCAGUAUUCCAAUACGAUGAAUACUUGGACGAUAUACACGAUAAAAAAGCAGAAGAUAUUUCUAGAAAAACCGUCAAAACAUCCAAGUAUGUCGGUAGACUUAUAAAGGCAUCCAAUGAGCGCAAACUUGAGAGAGAGCUAUGUGUUGAACGGAAGGCUCAGAAGGAAAUUGAAGCAGAAUCUGAUCUGUGUAAGAACAAGGAGUCAUUCGUUACCUCAGCGUACAAAAGUAAAUUAAGUGAACUUCGCGCACUCGUAGAAAAACGCAAGGAAGAAGAGGAGAGAGAGAAAGUCAUGGAUGUUUGCAAACAAGAUGGCUUAGGGGGAUUUUACCGGUUUAUGUUUGAUAAUCAAGAUAAAACAUCUGCGGGAUACUCAGAGGAAUGCCACCAUCGCACUACAAGCAAAGAAGAUUGUUUGGAAGCAGAAUCUAACUCUGCAUCUACAAUUAAAAAACAAACUGUAAAAGAACAUACAAGGAAAAAGACCGAUGUUAUUAUAGAGCAGUAUGAUAAUGAUAAUAAUAAUAAUAGUAACAAAAAUGUAUCAUCACCCUCACCAAAUAAAGCUUUUCCUAACUGUGAUGAUGGCGAUGGUGUAACCGAAAGUGAUCGUAAAGAUGAUAAAACAAGAGCCUCUCAUCAAUCGAAGAAAGAUCUAAAUACUUAUUUGAAUAAAAAGAAUCAAAAAUUACCUGGAGUAAUAAUGGCACGUUUACGAGUAACUACUGAUGAAGAAUUAAUUGCUGCUCGUCAACGUUAUUUAGAUAGAAAAGCAGCUGGAAUACAUGCAGUUAUAGUUGAAUCAGAUUAAUUAUUGAUUAAAUGUUGUUCUUCUCAUUUUUUGUUUGUUUCUAUGUAUAUGAAUUCAUAUUUUUAUAUUAUUUAUUUAUUUUUGUUGUUAUGGGAAAUAAUCUUUAAAUUGGGAUAAAAAAUUAGCUUGGUAACAAUAUCCAUUUAAUAUCAAUGAACUGAGAAUGGAUACUAUUACUAUUAUUGUAUAAAAAGGUAUUGUAAAUAAAUCAUAAUUAAAUAUAUCCUUUUCAUUGUAAUUUGCUUUUCAUAUAGUCACUAAUUGAUUUCUUGUUUAAUUGAGUUAAUUUGAGUAAAUAUUCCCCCUCCCCACCAACCCUCAUCCCUGUGAUAACUUCUUCUGUUAUGGUUUAUUAUACUUCUAAAUAUAGUUGAUAAGAGAUUUCAAAUGUGAUGUGAUGUAUUUACUACACUAUAGAUAAUUGUAUAUAGUGAUUUUGUCCAUUUUUGUUCCUCUUUUUAUUAUUGUAUGCGAACAGAUUAAGAGUAAAUUAGCUGUUUUGAUUUGGUAAAUUACAUUGGUGUUAUAACUUGUGCCCUUCUGGCUUAUUAAUAUAUAACGUAACGAUACCGUCAAUUAGAGAACAGUGAAUUAUCGAUCGGACCAAUGACGCAUAAAACCCAUACGAGCAGUCUAAAGUCUUUAUCGGUUCUGAUUCCCGCCUAGCCCUGACUGUUAAGUCCAGAAUACAAAUCUCAGUCUCCGUGAUAUGAAUCAUGUAUUUGAAACAUACUGGGCUUAUAUACCAACCAAACAGACCAUAUCGUAUCAUAAAACAGGAAACAACAUUUAUACAAGAUUUAGCCAAAUGUAGCUGUGAAUGUUGGAGAUGGUAAUUGAUAGACUAGACAUAGCUCAAGAAUGGUAAAUUCUAUAAUAAUAGUUCAUAGGUCAAAAUAAAGCUCAUAAUAAGAGGGACAUGAAUAUGAAUAGUUUAGUUACUUGAUAACUAUACAACAAAAAUGUAUGUAUAGUAUUAGUCCAGACAUAGAUUCUAACAGUUACUAUUCAUUAUUCUCAUUGGGAUAUAACAAUCGGAAAUAGAUUUUAGGUUUUAUAACUCUUUGGUUUUUAAUGAAUCUGUGGGAUCCCAAUCAAGUUACCAGAAUCACUUAUUAUCCGUUGUAUUAAAAACAUUGUAUCCUCGAAUCAAACAUCAAUUGAGAAUUAGCAUCGUUACUUAGUAACCAUUCUAGUUUGCCACUUAGAAUUGUUGUGAAUAAUGUUAUUCAUGAUUAAAAGCUUAAUAUUUCGGCCUGAAAUUCCCUGUACAUUAUUCAGAUAACUGAACUGACUGGUCUAUAGUUUACAAAACCAGCAGGAAACAGUUAUCUUGUCCUAGUAUGGUAUUUAGAAGUGUUCAUCCAUGGCUCCAUCAGAGAUUGAACCCAGUACCUGAGAAGCUGUAACCAAUGAAGUUCAACUAUUGGGAAUAUGAGGCAAUUACUAGUGGCAUUGGAAGAUAUCUGAUCAAUAUGACGAUUUAGUGUAAACGACUGGAUAUUAACUCUGGUCUUGAAGUCAGACGUUCGCGAUAAGGCCUAAAGGCUACGCAUUCGAUUCCGGCAAGGUCAUAUAUAAUUACUCGUGACGAAUCUCAUAUCGGCUAUCCGAUGCUUCCUGGUUUCCAAUGGCUCUCCAGUGAUUGUCAGCCCGUAUUAUAAACUAUAAAACUCCACCAAAAAACCGCUCAUACUAUUGACUAUUGCAUUUUGACAUAUCCACUUGUUGUACAUUUACCAGCAUAAAUGUUCUGAUCGUCUGACGAUUGUCAGCACCAUUAUGUCUUUCGUAAAUUCCAGUGUUUAGUCCCGAACAAGGAGAAAUUGUCUCAAUUUUCUGUUGCCGAUUAUUAUUAAAUACGAUGUAUUACAAUCAAGGGCAAAAUGAAGGUAUCCUUGCAUUAUGUUAGGUAGAACAUUAGGCCCAGUAGUCAAGCUUUACUAUCAUUGACUUUGGAGUGGCCUAUAGAGCCUUAACCAACCUAUUAUUUAUGUCUCGGACAACGUUUGAUAAAAUUUCUUUUUUUGGUAUUUUGUGCGUAACAAAGUUGUUUUACUAUUGGCAGAUGUGUUACCUUUCGGCAACCGUUUAUCUUAGAGCUUAUUAACUCUCCAAAGCAGUUCUCAGUCAAUCAUAUUCUAUCUUUGUAGAUCAUCUGUUUACCGGCAUUCUGUUCAUUAUCUCAACAAUCUAAAACAUACGGCAUUACUGAUUCUACAAUCCACUCUCUAGUUUAGGCCAAUCACCUUUUAUAAUACUAUUAAUUGAGGUAUAAAAAAACUACUCAAAGUAGUUUUGAUAUCAAUUACAAAAUACUUUCUUAUCGUGAAGGUUUCACGUCAAUAUAGGACAUUUUCUCACAUUAAGUAUUCACUCUCUUGUGAAUGUCAACUAUGUGUUGCGGAAGAUAAAUAGUGAGUAACAGUGGAAUUUAGGACGCUCGUUCCGUACUAUUCGGGACUCGUCAGCUAGAUGUAACUGUAACUCAGAGACGGUGUUUACUUCCGUGUUCGAACCGUAUACCGUUCACUUCUAAGGCUGUCAUGUUAUCUACUUAGCUACUUAGUCCAGAUAGCCACUGGUUUGUAUAGGUGUAUCCAGCUAAGGAGUUUAAAACUGAAGGAAACGUCCGUCUACGGAUUCCACCGCUACCCAUCUGAGGUUGUUGGUAAUUUUUAUCAAAAAAACAAACACUAGCAGGAGUAGUACUUUCGAUCUGCAUAAUUGUAUUAACAAUAAGGUUUUAUGUAAUCGUGAUAAAGUUGAUUAUGAUAUAAGGGUCGUAAUACUGAUGUGUCACGUGAAAUGCAAAUGUGAUAAUUGUAAAUGAACAUAUUAUAUAACAAUAUAAAUGAAAAAAGCUUACUUACUUACGCCUGUUAACCCUAAUGGGAGAGCAUAGACCGUUUACCAGCAUUCUCCAUCUAACUUUGUCCUUUACAAUCCUUUCCAGCUGCUAUUCAUUCUUUUUGUAUCUUCUCUCAAUUCCGAACGUACUGUGUUGUUCGGCAUUCCUCUUUUCCGUUGCCCUUCAGGAUUCUAGGUGAGCGCUCGCCUCAUGAUUCAGUUUGAUGAUUUUCGCAACGUAUGCUCUAUCCACUUCUAACAUCUUAUCUUAAUUUCCUCUUCAGCUCGAAGCUGAUUUGUUCUCAUUCACAGUAGGCUGUUGCUAAUAAGGGAAUCUAGUAAAAAGUAUUAAUGUCUGGUGAGACUAUAAUUUAUAAACGAACCAAUCAGGUACGAGGUAACAGGUUUCGAAUUUCGGCGCGAAAUUCACUCAUCCAUUUGGUUAAAUAGAGUUUCGGUAUUAUAGCUAAUAUCAGUUGGCGAUGAAAACCCUAAAUCUAAUUCCUAAAUUUAACCAUCAACUGUAAAUCAUAAUUCAAAUUCCUCAAACAGGUUUAUAACCCUCAUUUGGUCUUAGUUAUUAGUUGGACACCCUCAAGGUCACUGUAGCGUCGUUCAAAGGUUGUCCAUGAAUUAUAGUCUCACCGUACUCAGUCAGAAUGUGUCAUUAAGAAAACGAAAGUUUCAAAAAUAAAUUUACAAAUAAGUAGGAGAUUUGGAUAUUCACACACGAGAGAUAUGCUGCAUUCUGAAGAGAUCCUACCAGAUUUUGAAGGGAUCUUAGGUGCUAUUCUAAUCUUAAAAUGAAGUGAAGAUUCAGAAGUACCAUAUCUAAAUUCUUUUUCAUCAUAAAACCUUGCGGAAACAUAAUCUUGUUAACAUAGUAACAAUCAACGGUGAUUACAGUUAAUGUACCUUACUUGGUGAAAGCAACCAAACCGAUGGAUAGAGCAACUAGACAGGAAGUUUAACAUUCACCUAUACAGUUCAUUGUUAAUGACGGUAAGUUUAUACGUUAUAGAUGUUUUCCUUUUUGCUCCACAUUGAUUGUUCCUAACUACAUGUUUUUUUCUAAUCGUGUUUAAACUUCUAUUUCAUAUAUAAAUACGCUUUAGAGAUAAAAAUUGGGCAUCAAUCAAACUCGUAGGUAGUUUGUUGUCAGAUAUUGUUCUCCUAAAAAAUGUUGUGUUGCUCUGUGACAUAUUUUCUUCAAAUGUUUCUUGAUAGAUAUCCAACUGAAAGAUGAUAUGGUGAUGUUUAAUGAAGAUGCUGAUCAAAUGCAGAGUCUUUUGAUAGCACUGAGCAACAAUGAUAAAAUGUUUGAGAUGCGUUUCUCCCCACUCUAAAUGUAAGUUUUUGCUCCAGGACUGACCUGCAUCAAUACCUGAACUAAGGAUAGGGAGUGAAGUAGUCGAACUCGUUGACAACUUCACUUAUCUUGGAAGUUUGAUCAGCCUAAAUUGGUUAGUGUCUGACAAAAUCUCAGCACGGACUCAAAAAGCUCAUUUGGCUUUUCCAACUAACGUCAUCUAUGGUGAAGGCAAGAUAUCCGCCUAUCAAUUAAAGGGACGAGUAUACUGCGCAACAGUUCGUUCUGUUUUACUUUGUGGCUGCGAAGCGUAGCCAUUAAGAGUAGAAGAUACUCGUAAGUUAUUAGUAUUCGACCAUAGAUGUCUGAUAAAUAUUGCUCGCAUCUACUGGGAUCAUCAGGUUAGUAAUAGCAAGGCUAGACACAGAGUAUUAGGGAAUGAUGGUAAAUCAGUUGAUAAGGUUUUUUGAAUCUUCAUCGACUGAGAUGGUUGGGCCACAUGUUAUGUAUACCUGAACACUGUUUACCACGACUAGUGUUGGAGAUGGUUACAAGAAAUGUAGAGGCGGACAAACCAAAAAAAAAAACGUGACAUCAGUCCAUAUUUAUAGAUGCCGACUACUUGGUUAGGAUCCGCGUGACUAUCAUAACCAAUGGUUGAAAACUCUUGGUGACAUGACUCAGAAUCGAUCACAAUAGUGUAGGUGUAUACACUCUUUGUCCUCUUUUAAACCAUCAAAAUUAAAAUUAGUUUAUACCAUUUUUUUCUCUAUAAACGAAUUAUUUCUCCCCAUAUCAUAUCCUUAUAUAUCAUUAUCAUUUGUAGUAAAUAUUUCUAUGAAUGUGUUCUGUUAAUGAGAUCAUAACAACAUGAAUCUGUCCCAUGUUCCAAAUAACUGAUUGAGUGAUUAACUAACUCAUCAUUGGAAAGAAGAAACAACUACAAAUUAGUUUCUAUGGAAGAAAAUCAAAUUGGGUUUGGUUUUUUUCUAGACAAUUUCCCUAAAAAUAAAGUACAACUUUCUUUCUUUUUUUUUAAAAAGAAAUACAAAAAAAAAAACUGAAAGCAACUCAAUUAAUGAGACAACUAAAAUGAUUGAUGUAUCUUUUUAAUUUUUUCUCCUUUUUUU